AUGGUGGCCACCAUCGGCGUCAUCAACCCGUCUAAUGUGGAGGCGACAGCGUACAUAAGCGCGGUAGCGGCGUUCGCGGUGGUGGUGCUGGUGCUGCUGCUGUUCCUGGGCAGGCGCUGGUGCUACACGGCCGUCUUCACGCGCAAGUGUUGCGAUGACAUCCUCGCUGUGAACGCGCACGUCGCUGCCCCCUGUCUUCCCCUCGACAAUGCUCAGUUUGAUGCUUUGUCGAAACCGAACCAUUACCCCGAACGAAUAUUCACGUUCGAGGCUUCCGACUCGGAUGAAGAGCUGCGUUUGCGCAUCCAACAGGAUAAGGAGGAGGUGGAAUGCCACUACGAGGAGAAGAACGAGAAUGCAGCAGCACCGAAGUUGGAUGUGGAACUCGUAGAGAACAAGUUGCGGGAGACAAGUCUUCGGGAGACGGCGCUUAGAGAGACCAGGAUUGAUGAGGUGGUCCCGAAGAGAGCGGAGUACAUUCACACGCUGGAGGCGCAGAGCAGCGUCGACAGUGAUGUCAUAGCACACAAUGAUACUUCCCUCCUCUGCGCCGAGAGCAUUUCCCAGGUGCGAGGGUUUUUGGAGCUGACACUGCUGUAUGAUGCACCGGUCCGCAGCAUGACUGUGCACAUUCUGCAGGCGAGGACCCUGCCGCAGAGGAGUCAGGGACAAAUACUGCAGAGUCAGGUUCGAGUUGUAUUAAUGCCAUUGAAAAAGCAAAAAUACAAGUCAAAGAUAAGGAAUGGCGAGAAUCCACAGUACAUGGAGAGCUUCGUGUUCCACAAGAUCAACCCGGAGGACGUACACGGCCUCGGUUUGCGUAUACGCAUAUACGGCUGCGAGCGCAUGCGUCGUCAACGGCUGUUGGGUGAAGCAACUGUCAGCUUUGCCUCACUCAGCCUGGAGAUGGAAAACGGCAUGUGGAUACAAUUGACUCCGCGCCAACAUCAUCCUAGCUUACAAGUUAGCAAGUUUCCAAAACUGGAGCUGAACCACUCGAUGUCAGGUGUGCUGGCUAGUCCAUCGUCCAUAGCGACGGUGACGACGCCAGGUACAGGUCCUGGCGGAGAGGCGUGCAGUCUAGCGCGGUCAGACUCCGCAUCAUCCUGCUGCAGCACUAGAUCUGCUCCAGAACUACUGCUCGGAUUGCAGUAUAAUUCCACCACCGGCCAUCUCUCUGUUGAGGUAAUAAAAGGCACCCACUUCCGCAAGCUGUCUCCCAAUAAGGCCCCGGAUACUUACGUAAAGCUGUGCCUCAUCAGCUCUCUAGGCAUGGAGAUGGGGCGCUGCAAGUCCACCACGCGACGUGCGCAGUCCAACCCGUUGUAUAAAGAGCUCUUCAUAUUUCAGGUAGCUUUAUUCCAACUGACCGAGGUGACGCUGAUGGUGUCGGUGUGGUGGCGGCGCAGCGUCAAGCGUAACGAGAUGGUGGGCUGGUUCUCCCUGGGACACAGCCCUUCGGGACGGGAGGAGGAGAGGCACUGGCAGGAACUGUGCGAGCGACAGGGAGAACAGGUGCAGCGCUGGCACGUGCUGCUGGACUCCUGA